CGAUCGACCGGCUCGCAACGACGAUGGGGUGAGCCUGUCCGAAAGUUCUGGCGGCAUCAGAUCUCGCUGGUGGUGCCGGCGACGUCGAAGCGCGAUCAUCUAGCACUCGAGCGCACGUUCCUGGGCUAUGUCCGGGCGGCCAUCCUGCUCUCCAUGAUCGGGGUGAUCGUAGCCCAGCUAUUUCGGUUGCAGAACACGCCCGAUCCGGAUCGAUCGUUGGGGUACUACCGGCUAGCGAUUCCGAUCUCGUCCAUCUUCAUCGCCGCAGCGAUUGUGGUGACGCUCCUUGGGGCGGUGCGGUUCUACAGGCAGCAGCAUGCGAUGGCGAGGGGGAAGGUUCAUGCGGGCGGGUUUGAAGUGUAUAGCAUCAUGGCGUUG